AUGUCUAUCAAGCAGAUAGAUGACGCUUCCGUAAGAUUCAUUGCAUCUGGGGAAAAGAUAAGCGAUAUUGAGGAUGCCAUUAGAGAGUUAUUAGAAAAUUCUAUUGAUGCUGGCGCUAAAGUCAUCGAAAUCAGAAUGGCGCGAUUUGGUACUGAUUCGAUCGAAGUAUUAGAUGAUGGAACAGCCAAGACAGAAUUUAUGGCCAGAAGUGAGGGCACUACAGUUGUCGUCAAAAAUCUAUUUCAUUCAUUACCUGUAAGGAGAAGAGAAUUAAUAACAACUGCUAAGCGACAAUAUGACAAAGUCGAUUUCGGUGUGAAAGUUAUGGAAUCACUACUCCCCAUAAAACAAGCAGGUGAACCAGCAAUUCUAUCGAACCAAAAUGACGAACCAGUCGAUAUUCUUGAUCAGCACUCUACUCUCGAUGAGACAGGUGAAAAGAGCGAUAUCACUGGCACCGAUACCUCAGAUUCCAUAAGUGCACCUAGUUUUAAAGUCAGCUUACCACCAAAGCAAGAAUUAUUCUUUACAAGAACUCGCAAAUCUAAAUUUGCACGCUUAAAACCUCAAUAUUCCUUCUACGGUUACAUAUCAAAAGUCAAUGAAGGCAGAAACUCAUCCGAUUGUCAAUUUAUUUAUAUCAACAAAAAGCCUUGUGAUGUACCAAAAGUGUCUAAGCUAAUCAAUGAAGUUUAUCGCACUUAUUCCAACAACCAAUUUCCUUUUUACUGUCUAUUCAUAAUUGUGCAACCUUGGGCAUGCGAUUUCAAUGUACCUCGAAAAAGAGCUGUUAUUUUACAAGACGAAAACAAGUUAUGUGAAAUUUUGCGGGAAUCGCUCGAAAUUGUCUUAGUUGAUUCGAUACCACAGACAACGUCUCAAGAAAAAACAACCAUCACUCUACCUCUGUGUGAAGGAUCUGGAUCUGAUUUUGCCUCAGUUUGUUCCGAGUUGUCUACAUCUGUCGAAAAUCCAAAUUGUGACAAUGCAGAAGUUUAUUCAGAAGUAACUGAAUCAAAAUCAAACACUGUUAGCAGCCAAUAUUUUGACAUAAUGAACCAGCAGGCCCCUGAAAAGGAAAUCAUUAAACCUUGUGAUACAACCAAUCAUGAAAGACGUGGAUUUGUUACUGCAUUAGAAUAUAUCAAUUCUAAUGCCCAUCAAGCAUUAUUAGCGAAGGAAGAUGAUUCCAUAACAGAUAUAUGCCUCUUUCGUCAAAACAAAGUGGAACAAGAAGUUGCUUUUGAUGGUGAGGCUUCAAGUUCGUAUCGAACAUAUGGAAGACCUCGGAGCUGUUCUCAGGAGAGAACGAUGUCAACGUAUGACGAUUGCGGAUUCAAAAGAAUACACUUUUGCGAUACAUCCAAAAUUCAACGUAGUCGCGGAACAGGAGCUUAA